UCAUUUCAGAUCCUUCCAGAAAGAAGAUGCAUACGCAACUGUUUCAAGAGGAAACCUACACAGAGAAAUUUAAUCUACUGUAACUAUCAGGGAUUAUGCAGCUGUCUGCAAGAAACCACAGCAUUUUUGAUGAAGAAAACCCUUAUUUCUUUUCCUAUAAUUGGUGUAAGAAACCUGAUAAUGUUGCAGUAUGUCUAAAAAUCAGGUUCCCCAUCUAUUGCGUUGCAUCCUGCUUUCUACUUUAUUUGAACAUGUUUAAGUUUGGUUUUUUCCUGUUAAUUGCUACUGUGGUCACUUUGAACUUGGAGCUGUGUUUCAGUGCAUGUGCUCGUGCAGAAUAUGAGAUAAGUGGAGAAUGCUGCCCCAUGUGUGCACCAGGAAACCGUGUUUACUGGCAUUGCACUAUCGAUACCAGCACCACUUGUGUUCCAUGUCAGGCAUUAACAUACACUGACGAGCCCAAUGGUUUAGAAAAUUGCUUUCCCUGCACUGCUUGUGGCGCAGCCAAUGGUCUGAGAGUAAAGAAGACCUGCACACGAUCUUCAGAUACUGUCUGUGAGCCACUAGCAGGAUUCUACUGUAUUCGGCAAAAUAAAGACAGCUGUAGUUUUGCUAUAGAACACUCUAAAUGUCAACCUGGACAAUAUAUCCAAGAACCAGGAACACCUUUUACCAAUACUGAAUGUGGUAACUGCAUAGAAGGCACUUACUCUACUGGUCUUUUCACCACCUGUCGACCACAUUCAAAUUGUGAGAAAGAGGGACGUAAAGAAAAAACACCAGGAACAUUAUCAUCUGAUGUUGAAUGUGAGGAUUCAGCUUCAGUUGCUGUCAGUGUUGGAACUGCAGUUGGUGUUGGUGUUCUGCUGACUGCUGCAGGAUUCACAACAUUUUUCAUAUUAAAACAUAAAAAACUGCAGACCUCUGAAACUGGUAAAACAUUAAUAACAAAAAAAAGUAAUCAUUUUUAACAUGUUCUUCAGAUG